AUGGCUAAGGAUGACAAAGUCAAGGACAAUAACAGAGUGGCUUCUACGUCAAUUGCAUUAUCAGAUUCUUUCCUCAUAUGUAAAGCUGCAAUUUCUUUCCCUGAUUUCUUUAAACUCUCUGUAAUCAUUCAUCUAGCACUGACUUUGCUUCUGCGGAAGCUUUUCCCUAUCGACACGAAGCUACUUCUUCUUACGUCGAAUGCCAACAUAGGAGGCCCAACCACUGCUUGUGCCAUGGCAACCGCUAAAGGAUGGAUUUUUGGAGUUUCCAUAGCAACUUUUCUCGGCAUUGGAUGUGGAGUUUUGGUCCUCAAACGAUUAUAUAGCCCUUCAGUUUACUUCGGCUCCAAACCUAAUCUGAAAAAGUUUCUGUUUGAGGAAGAUGGUUCAGAAUAA